AUGGUAGAUGUAGAUGAUGAUGUAAUUGGAAUGGUAGAUGCAAUUGAUAAUGUAGUUGUGCGGAUGAUAAAUACAGUUGAUGAUGUAGAUGUUGGGAUGGUAGAUACAGUUGAUAAUGCUGUUAGGAUGGUAGAUGUAGAUGAUGUAAUUGGAAUAGUAGAUGCAAUUGAUAAUGUAGUUGUGCGGAUGAUAAAUACAGUUGAUGAUGUAGAUGUUGGGAUAGUAGAUACAGUUGAUAAUGCUGUUAGGAUGGUAGAUGUAGAUGAUGUAAUUGGAAUGGUAGAUGCAAUUGAUAAUGUAGUUGUGCGGAUGAUAAAUACAGUUGAUGAUGUAGAUGUUGGGAUAGUAGAUACAGUUGAUUAUGUAGAUGUUGGGAUGGUAGAUACAGUUGAUAAAACUGUUGGGAUGGUAGAUGUAGCUGAUAAAGAACCGGAGGAAAAGGCCCGGACAUUUCCAGAUAACAAUAAAACCUUUGUCAUUUCCAGGGACACAAUCACCCCUCUAGAGAACAAUAAAACUUUCAUCAUAGCAGCUUAUUAUGAUGGCAGAGAGUCCAGCCAAGUGCGUGUGUUGACCAUUAUCCACGAUGAAGAUGUGAAGGAGCUAUAUUGUUGGUUUUACUGUAUGAAUGACCCUGGAUAUGUUUCCGUAAAAGCAACCAUAGAGAUCCACUACCAAUGGUUUGGGUUUUCUUAUGGGCCAGCAGAUGUGGUCUGCCCUGAACCUCUGAACUGCUCUUAUCAACAUAUCUCCAUCCAUUGGUCCAACAUAAGAAACACAAGUAAUGUUCCUGUGUUUAAGAUAAAGAACCGCAGUCCCCAGCCUUUCUCUGCAAACUUCACAGUGUGUAUCUCUACCAUGUUCGGAAACCAGGACAACAUAUUGCAGCUUAUCCAGGCCAUAGAGAUGUAUCGUCUUCUAGGAGCCCAGAAGGUGGUCAUCUACAAGAAUGGCUGCAGUAAGGCCAUGGGGCGAGUCCUUAAUUACUAUGUCUCAGAAGGAUUUCUAGAGAUUGUACCUUGGCCAAUAGACACAUUUUUAAAAACAUCUGUUGCCUGGCAUCAAAGUAUAAACCCUAAAAGCCAAAUUGGUUAUUACGGGCAGCUCUCAGCACUGAAUGAUUGUAUGUACAGAAACAUGUACAAAAGUCGAUAUGUCAUCCUCAAUGAUAUGGACGAAAUCAUUCUGCCGAGACAUAACAAAACUUGGAAUGAAAUGAUGGAGACGUUGGAGAAAACCUAUCCAGAUACGGCUGUAUACCUGGUAAAAAACUACUUCUAUCCAAAGAACAUCACUGCUCCUAAUUUUCAGACGGCUUUUCCCAAAAAUGUACCAGGAACCAACAUUCUUCAGCUGAUAUACUAUGAGCCAGAAAUUCCAAAUAGCUUCAACAACCAUAAGAUGAUAAUCAACCCACGAGAAGUCAUUCAGGUGUCAGUUCACUGUGCAUUAAGAGUUCAUAAGAAAAGUGUUCAUGUUCCCGAUAAUAUCGUAAGACUUCACCACGGCCGGUCACCAAUGCAGCCAAAUCUCCCACAGACAUCUCUCAUAAGAGACACGACCAUAUGGAAAUACAAUUCUACUCUUAUUACAAAUGUUAACAAGGUUUUGAGACAACUGAACUAUCACUGAAAUCCAGGUUCUCCAUACUGUAUGUAGAUACUCACCUGUCAGGAGAUAAAUAGGAUUGGCUUAGUGAUCUUCUUGUCCUACUGAAGAUAGGGCACAGAAAUGAGGACAUGGAGAGAAAUUUUCUUUAUUUAUUUCUUGGUUUUAACUAUAAUGUGAGACAAUAUAGAACCAAGGGAAGGUAAGAGAUGAAGGGAUAUUUAUUGUGUGUGCAUUUUCUGUUUCUUGUUCCUUUAAACGAGGAGACACUGUUAGCAAUCCUCAGUCCUCUUGUAAAAACUGCUGAUGUGGGCUCUUUGUAGGGAAAAUAUCCAAAAUUAGGCAGCACUACCGUUAGGUCCAAACUGGACAGUUCAUGAAGUGAUGGUGCCAUCAUUGUUAGGCCUUAAUAAUG